AUUUUGGGUCCGAGGCGGACGCUAGUCUGUAUCCUUUGUGUGGAAGCAUAGCCAAACAAACAAGAAAUUUUUCCUUCUUCGCUCGCUCAUACGCAAUCCGAUCAAAUUCCCAAUCUACCAUUACCCUUCGAUCAAAUUUGCCAAUCUAAUGGCUUAACCAUGGACUCCGAAAUCCGAAUUCUCCCUCCGCUCUCUAUACUCUCCUCUUCAGUUGUCUCAUUUCUCAAUGAGAGACUCCACAAUCAAGAAGAUCUCGCGACGGCACCUAGUCUCGUCUCAGAGCUGCAAUCGCAAUGUUUGGAUUUGGACCAAAGCCUACUCGACCUCAACUCCAGGCUCGAAUCAAAUCUUCUUGCUUACACUUCAUUCUCCGAUCGAAUUCAUGGCCUAUUCAGUGAUGCCAGUUCCAAGUUGACCAAUCUCGGCUCGUUGACGCGCGCUCCAAAUUCUCUGUCAGAUGGAGGAGGAGAAGGGAGGAAGGGGCAGAUUUUCCGCAAGGAGCUGCCAGCUCUGGCUAAGGAGGUGGCGAGAGUGGAAACUGUUCGAGCUUAUGCUGAUACAGUAUUGAAGCUUGACACUUUAGUUGGUGAUAUUGAAGAUGCUGUAUCUUCUGCUAUAAACAAAAACCUAAGGAAGCAGUCCUCUACACAGAGUUCAGAAGAAAUGCGCCUCCUUGCAAUUGAAACACUUGGACAAACAGAAAAUGUUUUAACUUCAAUCACAAAGACACGGCCUCAGUGGACACAUCUUGUAUCUGCAGUUGAUCACAGAGUAGAUAGAGCUUUGGCCAUUUUAAGACCCCAGGCAGUUGCAGAUCAUCGGUCCCUUCUUGCUUCCCUUGGAUGGCCUCCACCACUUUCCACCAUGACUUCCUCAAACCUUGACACAGGGAAAUCAACUGAAGUUCCGAAUCCUCUCUUCACAAUGCAAGGGGACCUCAAACACCAGUACUGCGAAAGCUUUCUUGCAUUGUGCCACUUGCAAGAGUUGCAGAGACGAAGAAAAUCUCGUCAACUUGAGGGCCAUAAUAGGGAAGUUGCUCUGCACCAACCACUUUGGGCAAUUGAAGAACUUGUGAAUCCAAUAUCCAUUGCAUGCCAAAGACAUUUUUCAAAGUGGACUGAUAAGCUGGAAUUCAUUUUUGCUCUCGUGUAUAAGAUUACAAGGGAUUAUGUUGACACUAUGGAUGAAUUAUUGCAACCGCUAGUUGAUGAAGCAAGGCUAGUAGCGUACAGUUGCAGAGAAGAAUGGAUUUCAGCAAUGGUAACCUCUUUAUCAACAUACUUAGCGAAAGAGAUAUUCCCUAUUUAUGUCAGUCAACUAAAUGAAGAGAGCACUGCUGGCGUUCAAUCACGGGCCAGAAUAUCAUGGCUUCAUCUUGUUGACUUGAUUAUUGCUUUUGAUAAAAGAAUUCAGUCUCUGGUAACACAUUCUGGAAUCAUGCUUUCCCUUGAGGAAAAUGAAAACUUGCAGAAGAUUUCUUCUCUGUCUAUGUUCUGUGACCGACCUGACUGGCUUGAUCUAUGGGCAGAAAUAGAGCUUAUUGACACACUUGAGAAACUAAAACCUGAGGUGGAAAAUGAGCGAAAUUGGACAGUGAAAAUUCAAGGAGCUGCUCUUUUAUCUGAUCCUGAAAAUUACAAAUCUCCUGCAGUUUCUGGUGCCUUCCUUCGGCGUCUAUCUUUGGUGGUUGAUCGAUGUCGAUCACUGCCUGCCUCUUCUCUGAGGUCAAGGUUUCUCAUGUUGGCUGGUGCACCUGUUCUACAGAGAUUUUUGGAUUGUGUUCUUCUGAGGUGCCAGGAGGCUGAAGGACUGACUGCAUUAACAGAUGAUGAUGCUGUAAUCAAAGUUGCAAAUUCCAUAAAUGCUGCUCACUACAUUGAGUCUGUUUUUAAGGAAUGGUGCGAGGACAUUUUUUUCCUUGAAAUGAGACUUGAUCAUGGUGAUCAGCUGGGAAUAUCAAUUCAUAACGAUGAAAGCAGGGAGGCUUCAAUUGAUGGACCUGUUAGUGGCAUUUUUGAUGAGGAGGUAAGGAAGUUGGAGGAUUUUAGAAAAGAAUGGGUUGAGAAGAUAUCAGUUGUUGUUUUGAGGGGCUUUGAUGUUAGGUGUCGAGAUUAUUUGAAAAACAGGAGGCAGUGGCGGGACAAUGGUGAAGAAGGUUGGACAGUGUCCAGAAGUUUAGUUGGGGCUUUAGAUUAUCUACAAGGAAAGAUGGCAAUAGUGGAAGAAAAUUUGAAUGAGAUAGACUUUGUUGGUGUGUGGAGAAGUUUGGCUGCUGGAGUGGAUCGCAUGCUUUUCAAUGGUAUUCUUAUGAGCAAUGUGAAGUUUCAUGAUUGUGGCAUUGAAAGGUUUAGUCAUGACUUGGAGGUUUUGUUUGGGGUAUUUGGAGCUUGGUGCUUGAGGCCUGAAGGAUUUUUCCCCAAAUUAAGUGAUGGCUUGAAGUUGUUAAAAAUGGGGGAGGAGAAGCUUCAAUGUAGUUUGAUAGGAGGAGAGAAAUGGAUGAAGACGAAUGGAAUCAGACAUUUGGGUGUAGCCGAGUCUGAGAAGAUACUAAACAGUAGGGUAUCCAUGGGUUAAGGGCUUUCCCAACUAGACAUCUUUUUCUUAGCAUUGAUCACCCUAAGGAUUAGCGAAAAAGAGAGGUUCAUUCAUCUUACUGAUGCAAUUGUACAAAUUUUUUGUUGUACGUGACUCGGGCUCAUGGACUGACCUAUUUGUUUUUUUUUUUUAAUUAAAAAAGAUGCAACAAAACAAUAAAAUUAUUUUGUUCAUUGUGGAGAAAUUUUCUGAUGCACUGUUAGAGAAGGAUUAUUCAAACAUAUAUCUCAUAUUUGUAGUCAGAAUUUGUAGGGCUUAAAUUUAUUUUUCUUUAAUAUAUCUUCUGAUGUUUGCUCAUAUCAGGCCAGGACAUAAACGACACACUAUUGUAUUCAAACUUUUGUUGGUAAUAGCCCUAUGCCUCGAAAGCUUAUGUUUUUAUUUGAGAACUUGUUUGUUUGUUGUGAAACUUCAUUAUGAAUAAUUUUACUGCGUGUUUUUGUUUA